CUCGCUGCAAGCCAGUCACAGGGUGGAUGCCGAGCCGGUAACAUCGUCUCUCCGAAACGUCUCUUGGAAGAACAACUUAAAACAUACAAUUUCUAUCUGUAUUCGAUUUUUUCCGGCUCGACUUCACUCGACGACGAAAAUCAGGAAAAGUGCACAAAUCAAAUUACGGAUUAUCGACAAUUGUUCUCCACUUUACAACGAAUGUCACGGACCUGUGUGUGUAGCUCCGUGUGUUUGUGUUAAAACCCUCCCUUAAAUUAAAAGAAAAAAAAAACUCACGAAAACUUAAAAUUUUCCCGGGCAAAAGUGAUCAUGUCGUCCAUGUGUGAAUCGCUAUUUUUCGGUCACAGUGACCUUUUGCUAUCAUCGACAGGGCCGUGCAUCAUGACAACAAAUGACUGUUCGUGGUCCAGCCAGUUGGACAUGCCAACACCGCCCGUUUCACCAUCUCGAAGCAACGACAACGAUAUGAAGAAAGAAACGACAUCAGUCAUCGACGAAGAUCUCGACUUGGGUUUAGGCGAAUUGAUUAGCGGAAUGGAUUUGCCGCUGUUUUUAGACAAUCUCGAUUCCGACGCUUGGUUUAGCGAUUUACAUUCUGACGCCAUCGUGCCAGACGUCCUCCCCGAAAACAAGUGCGACUCGGUCAAUGAAUUAAGACACGACUGCAUGUGGGCGGGACAUUGCCCAGCUGAAGAACAUCGAAGCAAGAAAGAUUUGGUCCAGCUUCCCUGUUUGUUGUCAUCCAGUCCACCUGAAUCGACGGUCUUGACCAUGCCCUGCGUUUUACCCAUUGCCGUUGGUUGCCGAACCCGACUCGAUACGCUGGGCUCCGUCAGACCUGAAACUCCAAUCUCCUUGUCCGAUUCUGAAUUGGAUGCUGAUCAAUUAACCAGCGAUGAAGGCAGUAACAAGAUUCACCAUUCGUCUUCUUCCUCGUCUGGCGAUGAAUCUGAAUCGGACGAAGAUCCACCAAUGAUGAAUUAUCAACCGACUUUGCCUCCAAAUAUUCAUCCAGUGCGGAGUCAUCAGAUGCGCAAAAUGACCAACAACAACAAGCUCGUCAAGACGGUGUCAUCUUCGAAUUCGUCGCUCAUUCCCGAUCACAGUUACAGCCAUAGUGAUCACUCGUAUCACACGCAACGGAGACCUGUUAUGUCUGAUCAUUUGGCUAUGGCAUUCGAACUUGGAGCACCAACGCCUUCCGAUUCAGAAGAAGAAAUUGAUGUCGUGUCAUUGGGUGAAGUUCUGCGUAUGAAUCCGUCUGCGGCUGCCGCUGCCAUGACCGCAACAACCGGCAAGUCAUUAUCUGCUGGUAAUGUGGCGUCUCCUACCAACACGACGUCCGUCAGUCACGCUCCACUCCGACUUAAAUUGAAAGUUGGAGGUACACCUGCUGCUUCCGGACAAGUGCUGAUGCGCAAAGCUCUUCCAUCGCAUCCGUCUGCGCUGGUGAGGCAACAAUUGCAGUUGGCUGUUGCGUCGGCUGCCCAGCAGCGCAAACAUUCAGAACAGACGUCUAAGAAAUCAGGUGAUAUCAAAUUGAGCGGGAAAAUGAGCCACAGCGAGCGGAGUAGCAGCAGCAACAGUGAGCGAAGCAGCAGUAAAAGACCUCGGUCUUCCGGCGAAAGCGGUUCCAGUUCUCCGCGGAAGCGUUGCUCCCGGGCUGCCAGCGAUUCCGAGGACAGCUGCGAAAAACGCUCCCAGCACAACUCGAUGGAGCGUCAACGACGAGUAGAUCUCCGUAACGCUUUCGAAUUCCUCCGUUCGCUGAUUCCCGAUCUGGAAGCUACGGAUCGGGCGGCAAAAGUUGUCAUUUUGAAAAAAGCCGCCAACUUUUGCCAGGGAUUGACGAAUCGAGAAAAACAGUUUGUUGCAGAUAAAGACGCCCUCCAAAAACGCCAAGAAAUGUUGAGGAAGAGAUUGGCGCUUUUACAACGCCGGCGUUAAAAAUUAUUCGAAUUAAGUAGACCACAAUUUUUUUUUUUUCUAAAAAUAUGGAACUAACUAAAAAAAAAAAAUAAUCAAGCUUUUUUUUUCUUUUGAGAUGCGCGCGCACAUUUAUGCGGAAUAGGUUUUUCUGUUUAAAGAAUUGAUUUUUUGCGGGAUUUACUGGAAACGGCUUAGAAUUUUUGUUUUGUUUUUUCCUUGUUUGAAAAAGAAAAAAGUCGAACCUUUCUUUUUUUGUUAGGGCCUUUAACUAUAAUGGUUCUCGUAAAUAAUCCGUUUUUUUCCCCAACGUUUCUCUACAGCGGUAAACAGCGGAGGGGAAAAAAACUUGUACAAACUAAAAAAAAAAUUAAUUUUUCGGUUAAAAAAAAAUAAUUUGGAAAAAAAAAAUAAGUUUUUGUUCUUUUCGGGCGACUCGGAGUUCGCUUUCAAAUCGAUUUUUGUUCCCCAUUUAUUUUCGCUCUACACAUACAUACACACGCAAAAUGGCAAGAUUUAAUUUUGGUUAGUUCUUUUUUUUUCUGUUUAUCGUACACACACACACACACACAUACAGUUUCUAUUAUAUAUAUAUACAUAUAUAUAUACAUUUAUAUAAUCUAUUUCGGAUGGGCAAGUAUAAUGUUGUAUGUGUCUCCCCCCCCCCCCUCAGUUAACUUUAUAUAUUUGUGUAACGUGUCUCAAUAAUCCCGCCCGACGGUACAAAAGCGAAUUAUGUGUGUGCGUUUCUUUUUUCUGCGAGUGAUUCAAAAGUGUACAACUACUACAGCACCGCAACACACACACACCGCACGUGUGUGUGUGUGUUGCGUUGUACAUGUGAUUUUUCUUGUGUUUGGGUGUGUCAUUGAUAGCCUCUCCUUUUUUUUUUUUAGAAUUCGUUUCGCGUCAACACAGCAAGUGCCUUUUUUCUUUCGUUUAUGCAGCCAUGUUUCUUUUUUUCUCGAGUUAAAACUUAAAUGGGGUUUAAUAAUUAUCCAAGAGAUAACAUAUCAGUUCAUUUUUUUUUUUUUGCGUAGGGGUUGCUUUUCUAGUUUUUAUUUUUGGUUCGUUUGAUUGUGCAUCAUCACAGUGCCUUGUUCUUUAAUUUUUUCUGGGUUGCGAAGAUGGAGAGAGAAAAUCAGUUUACACACAGCGAGCUUUUCAAAAAAAAAAAAAGUUCUCUCGAUGUUUAGAAAAGCUUGGAGAUCAGCGGUAUACAUUUAUAAUUAAUUCGUUUGUUUCGGCUUAUCGCGCGUGGUUUAAAAUCGUACUUGCGUGUGUUGAAUCUUUUUUUUCUUUUUUGGUCACAUCCACACAUCAUCUGUCGUUCCAUUGAAUGUCCAAUUUUUGCAAUCAGGUCAGAGUUCUUUCACAAAAAAUAUGCAUAAAACAAAAAAAAAAUACGCUUUUUUUUUGUUUUUUGUUUCUGGAAAUAUAAAAAAAAAAUCUGCUCAGGAAAGAAAAACCACUUUCGUCUUUUUGCCAAGAUUACCUCUCUGUUUAAACGCUUAAAGACAAUUCAGAUACAACUCAAAAUAUUUUUGUUCUCUCCGAUAUACAGAAAAUCUAGUACACACAGUUUAUUAUGCAAAACAGCCCUCAAUUCAAAAUACAAACAUGGUCAAAUUUCUCCCACUCUGUUAACCCCUGAACGCGAGAUGAUGUGAUGAUGAUGUCCCUCCUCCCACAUAACUAUUAUUACACAUAGAAAAUUUACAAGUGUGUGUGUGUGUGUGUGUUUUUCGUGUAGCAGCCCGAUUGUUUUUUGUAUUUUUGCGAAAUAAUAAAAAAAAAAGACGAAUGCAAGUGAGAGAAAAAAAGCGCUUAUAAUACCAAUGUUCGGAUUAAAUAAUAAAGAUGGACACAAUAAU